GAAAAGACGCACUUCAACUCGGGCCCUCAAACCACGAUCCAGGGGGCGAAACCUUCCUCCGCCACGCCGGUCAUGUCCAUGGAGCCACCGCUGUCGCCGCUCAUCGCCGCGCAACUCAACCACCUCCUCGCCUACUCACCCCUAUCGGUCAAGGUUGAGCAGAUAUGGGCGGGCUCCAGGAACGCCCGCUUCUCUGACCGCUUCACCCUCUCGAUCCCCUUCUGCCUCGAUUACGUCAAAUGCGAUGUGAUCUACGACGCACUCCACCCGUCCGUUGCGCCGGAUGUCGUCUUUUCGUCGGAAUACGACGACUUUGAUCCCCUUGGCGAUAUUGCGAGUGAGGGGGAGGCGCGGGUGAGCAAGAGCAGCUUGUGUGAUUGGAACAGUAAAGACCCUUCGAGGCUGAUGGCUCUCGUCCAUGAACUGAGGGAUCUGUACAUGCAUUACCAGAGGAGGAGGGUAGGAGAGCUUGAUGAUGCGAGGAUAAAGUUUGAAAUGAAUACUAUGCUUCCCAGGGAGGGAAUUGAAGUCUGUUUGGUUUCCUUACCUGACAGGCUGGAGGAAGUGAAGUUUGCUGUACCUUUACUGGAUAUGGACUUAAACAAGCUAGUACCUGCAUGCACCUGGAGACAUCAGCAGAAGAUCUACUUGCAGAUUAUCUUUCCUGUUAGUAGAAGAAAUUCUUCAGCUCCUGCUGCUCCACGGGUAAAACUGGUUUCUACUUCAGAAGUGAAGACCUUGUUCUCCGUAGAGGAUGUCAAACUUCCACCAUGGUUAGAUGGAAUGUGCUUGGCUGAAUACCUUCCUGCUAUAGAAGACAAUCUCAAAUUGCAGGUUGUGGAGGCAAUUGCAUCAAUUGGUGCUAGAAGACGUUUUAUUGAGGCAUUAUCUCCUCUGUUUGGAAGGCCACUAGAAGCUGAUCCGGUAUUGUGCAGGAGAGCUACUGUGCUUUGUGCCUCUGGGGCUUUUACAUUUUUGGUUCACUUUUCAAUUCCCACACAGUUCCCAAAGCAGCAACCGACAUUGGUAAUGCAAAGUUCUCAGCAUUUCAAUUCUCAAGGCACACCAAUAUCCUCGCCGCUGAUAAAUGAUUACCCUUGGAGUCCUAGAUGGGAUACACCACAGAUGGCUGAGCGAAUCUUUGAAUUCUUGGUCGAUGAGUGUUUGAACUUUAAAAAGUUCUGCAUUGAAGCAAUUCCUCAGUAAACCUGCAUGACACUCGAAAGCUGCCAUUUGUUUCUUCCUAAGAUGAACUUGAACCAUGGGUCCAUAACAUGCAUCAGGAAGAAAUGGUCUCAGGAGAGCAUUAGAACAUCAAACACAGUGCCAAAGGUUGAGGUCUCAGAUGCACAUAAUUGUAGCAUGCAAUGAAUCCACUACCAUGUAACAAACAUCUACUCAUCAUUUCUGGCUUCCUAGAAAUGUAACAAUACUGUAAUACUAUCUUUGUGUGUGACAUUAAUUGAUCUUUGAUGAAAGAUAUUCUCUUUA